GAUCGCGCAGCUCAGGCUGUUAAAUCCUGCCCUGAUCCGUCUCAGGAUGGACGGAGCCAUUUUUGGCAGCAGGUGGAAUUAAGGGAUCCGGAGAGGCUGAGCCCAGGGCAACGGGAGAGGAAUCACAGGCAGGGGCGUGCAAAGGCUGCACCCCAUCCAGGACGUUGGGGGGGGGACACAGGGGGGUUUUUUCCCUGGUGGGAGCAGGAAUGGUCUGCAGCCCACGAGGAACCUGAAGCGAAGCUGUGAGCAUCCCCAGCCGGCACUGAGCCCAGGACCCCUGCAGCCCCGAUGACCGAUGAGCGCAGCGGAGCAGGGAGCGCUGCAGCCCCCGAGCCUGAGCUGCACUACGAGGAUGAGGAGGAUGAAGACGAUUCCAGCGCCGGCUUGGAGCCCUCGGACAGCAGCAGCAUCUGCUCUGAUGAUUCAGUCUUUCCCUCCUCGGAGCCCCCACGCGGGGUUGGGGGGUCUGGGGAGCUGAGUUUGUAUCAGUGCUGCGUGCGCAACGAUGCCCAGCUGCUGCGGGAACGGCUGCGGUGUGGGGUGGGCAGAGGGGAGGCCACAGAGCUGGACAUCAAUGGCAGGAACGGGCUGAUGGUCGCCUGCUGCCGGGGCUUCGUGGACAUCGUGCCCCUCCUCCGGCACUGCCCCUACGUGGAUGUCAACCAGCAGGACACGGAGGGCAACACGGCGCUGAUGAUGGCCGCGCAGGCAGGGCACAUCACCAUCGUUAAUUACCUCCUGAAUUACUUCCCGGCGCUGGACGUGGAGCGGCGCGAUGCCCGCGGGCUGACGGCGCUGAUGAAGGCGGCGGUGCAGGGCCAGCACGACUGCGUGACCGCGCUGCUGCUGGCAGGAGCCGACCUGCACGCCGUUGACCCCAUCAAAGGGAAGACAGCCAGGGAGUGGGCCGCCUUCACCGGCCGCUUCGAGACCACCGUCCGUAUCCGGACCCUCCUCCGGCGCCCACGGGCCGAGCAGUUUGGCACCCGUUACCUCCCCGAGUGGCCGGCACUGGCCGGGCUGGUGGCCAAAGCCCUGAGCCCCAAAUCCCGCAGCCAACGGCUAGCAGAGAAAAUCCGCUCCCUCUUCACCUUCCGCAUCCCCCGCGACCCGGAGGAGGACGGCGUGUUGGACCACAUGGUGAGGAUGACCACCUCCCUCGCCAGCCCCUUUGUGAGCACCGCUUGCCAAACCAUCUGCCCUGAUAGCCCACCCGAAGUGGGCAAGCGGAGGCUUUCGGUGGCGGAGAUCCUCCAGGAGCCGGGCACUGGGAUGGCAUCGUGUAAUGGCCAACUGGAGGGGCAUGGCCAACUGGAAGGGCAUGGCCAACUGGAUGGGCAUGGCCAACUGGAUGGGCAUGGCAAACUGGAUGGGCAUGGCAAACUGGUGGGGCACAACCAACUGGAGGGGCACGGCCAACUGGAGGGGCACGGCCAACAAGUUGGCAAUGGCCAAGUUGCGUUGGACCAAGCAGUGCUGGAGAUGGCACCGCGCCGUCACCGCCUCCUGGGCUUCCUCCCCCGGCUGCUCCGUGCCAACUGCAUCUUCCCUGGGGAUCGAGUGCCCAGGAUCAAGCUGAGCAAAGCCAGCUCACCACCGGCGUGCGGGAGGGAGAGGAGACCCCGUGGCCGCGACAAGGCGCUGUUACAGCCCCCCAAAUGGAGGUACAAGGAGCUGAAGGAGGAGAAGCGAGCGGCCGAGGAGGCAGAGGGGGAAAAGAAGAGGAAAAAGGGGAAAAAGGGGCGCUGA